CUCUCUCUUCUAAACCAAACCCGCAUUAUGACUCCAUCCGAUAUUGUUACUGUUAAAACUUCCAAAGGCAAAGAGCUUCAAGUCCACACUUAUUUGUUUAUCAAUAACGAAUUUGUUCCUGGCCAUGGUCCAUUUAUCGAGACCAUUAAUCCUACUACAGAAGAGGUUAUUUGCACUGUUUCUUCUGCUGAUGAAUCCGACGUGGAUGCCGCUGUCAAGGCUGCCAAAGACUGUUUCAAGAGUACUUGGCGCAAAAUCGCACCUGCUGAACGCGGCCGUCUCUUGAACAAGUUAGCUGAUUUGAUGGAACGCGACAAAAAUGAGAUUGCUACUUUGGAUGCACUAGAUAAUGGCAAAGCUUUCACUAUUGCUCGUGAUGUGGAUGUGACAGAUUCAAUUGGCUGCUUCCGUUAUUUUGCUGGUUGGGCCGAUAAGAUUCAUGGUAAAACAAUUGAUACUACGUUCGAUAAAUUGUGUUAUACACGCCAUGAACCACUUGGUGUUGUUGGCGCUGUUAUUCCUUGGAACUAUCCUACCAUGAUGGCUGCUUGGAAAUUUGCUCCUGCUUUGGCUGCUGGUAACACAAUUGUUUUAAAGACAUCUGAAGUGACACCUUUACCGUUAUACAAAUUUGCUGAACUCGUCAAAGAAGCUGGAUUUCCUCCUGGUGUCGUCAACAUUAUUACAGGUUAUGGUCAUACAACUGGUACCUACCUUAGCAGCCAUCCUCUUGUGAGUAAGAUGGCAUUCACUGGAUCUACUGUCACAGGUCGAAAGAUCAUGGAAAGUAGCGCUGGUAGUAACCUCAAAAAACUUCAGCUUGAAUUAGGCGGCAAGUCCGCCCAGAUCGUAUGUGCUGAUGCUGACCUUGCUAAUGCUGCUGUUCAUGCCCAUGGUGGUAUUUUUAACAACCAUGGUCAAAGUUGCAAUGCAGGAUCCCGUAUUCUUGUUCAAGAAGAAGUGUUUGAUAAAUUCUUGGAACUCUUUAUUGCUGAAACCAAGAAGAUCGUGAUUGGUGAUCCUUUUGACGAAAACACCUUUCAAGGUCCACAAAUCAAUAAGUCUCAGUUUGAAAAGAUUUUAAACUAUAUCGAGAUUGGUCAAGCAGAAGGCGCCAAGUUGGCUUAUGGUGGUAAGCGUUGGGGAGACAAGGGUUACUACAUUGAGCCUACCAUUUUCACACACUGCAAGAAUAACAUGCGUAUCAUGCAAGAAGAAAUCUUUGGCCCUGUGGUUGCUAUUGCUACAUUCAAAACCGUUGAAGAAGCAAUUGAGAUGGCCAAUGACUCUAACUAUGGUUUGGCUGGUGGUGUAUACACUUCAAAUCUGAAUACAGCUGUCACUGUCACUAAUGAACUUGAAGCUGGUACUGUUUGGGUCAAUUGCUUUGAUAUAUUUGAUCAAUCAACGCCUUUUGGCGGUUAUAAGCAAUCAGGUUUCGGUAAGGAACUUGGUAAAUAUGCUCUUCAUGAAUACACCCAAGUCAAGGUAGUCAAAAUUCAAAGAAGCUUGUAAUUCGAAAAAGAGAUUGCUGUGGUACAAAAGAAGAGAUCUAUUGUUACGC